AUGAAGAGACCCCGGGGGGUUAUUGAGGAUAUCCUAGUAAAGGUUGAUACGUUCUAUUACCCAAUUGACUUUGUUGUCAUUGAUAUGAAACCUACCAACCCGGCUAAGAAACAAAUCCCUGUCCUCCUGGGUCAGCCAUUCUUAGCCACAACUAAUGCAUGCAUCCAAUGUAGGACCGGCAUUAUGGAUAUAUCCUUUGGCAACAUGCAGCUCCAGCUGAAUGUGUUCCGCACCUCCCAGCACCCAUCUUUUGAUAUCCAAUGCAAAUAUAUGGACAUGAUCGAUGAUGGUGUUGAGGAAGUUGUCCCUUCGACUCUUUUAAGAGACUCCUUUGAGGCUAACCUUCAAUUUGAUCGGCCUCCUAUCUUAGGUUUAGAGGACCCUGUUCCAGCACAUCCUUCCAUUGAGGCCCCACCUUCACUUGAGUUGAAGCCCUUGCUGGCUUCUCUUAAGUAUGUCUUUUUAGGCCCCCACGAGACUCUACCUGUUAAUAACUCAUCUAGCUCGACUAGUUCGCAAGAGUCUCAGCUCAUUCAUGUCCUAGAAAAAUAUAUGAGUCAUAGGGUGGUUGCAGUUCACCUGGAUGAUCAGGAGAAGACCAUUUUCACUUGCCCAUUCGGGACCUUUGCCUAUAGGAGGAUGCCUUCCGAGUAA